GAAACACCCAAAGAUAUAACGUUAGCUAUAGCUUUCACUCAAGUGUGAUACAUGCAAAUCAACCAACAAGGUGUGGAUAUGCCUCCAGCAUCAGCAGCACACAGAACAUCGCCAAAUCCAGACAGAGGUUUAUGUUUAAGUUUGCUGCUAGGAAAUGACUAUGAAAAGAAGAAGAAGAAACUUCAGCAGGAGCUUCAACUGGACUACAAACAUCAUGCUGCCAAGAUAAAGGAUCUGAAAACUAGUGAACGUCCAACACAACCCCAGGGUCUCUCCUUACCUAUUGAGGAGAAGAUAUCGGUUCAGGAAAAACUAAGAGAGGAGAGAAAAAAAGAAUACCACCUCUUCCUACAAGAAAAAGAUCAAAUCGAAAGGUUUAAGAGGGGAACACCUCCUGUCUCUUUAAAGCCCGGACAGGUUCAAGCUUCAGAUGCUGUGUACAGUUCUUCUCCAGCUUCUCCCAUGCCCAUCCUCCACAUCAAUAGAAACACACACCCUCCUCCCAGGGAGCGCCGUGCAUCCAGGAGAGAUGCUGCCUCUCUGACUGAGGCAGAAGAUAAUGGAAAAAGCACAGGGACUUGGGGUCCAGGCCAUCGGAGACGAAGGCGUUGGCAACUUCGUGGACCAAACAAGCCUUAUAGCUCUGAGGAGGAGCCAAUCACAGACAAAGAGGAAGAGUUGGAGUUCAGACACAGGAGGCGACAAAACAGACACACUCCAGAGCCAGAGUACAAAGAGGAGAGGAGAACCAGAGAACGCAGAGCUAACAGAGCUCCUCAGAGCAUAAAGAAGAUGGAGGCCCCUGGUGUUCGUGAUCAGAACAACAAUGAAAGGGGUUGGGAGUCAGAAAACACACACCCUCCUCCCAGGGAGCGCCCUGCAUCCAGGAGAGAUGCUGCCUCUCUGACUGAGGCAGAAGAUAAUGGAAAAAGCACAGGGACUUGGGGUCCAGGCCAUCGGAGACGAAGGCGUUGGCAACUUCGUGGACCAAAAGAGUCUUAUAGCUCUGAGGAGGAGCCAAUCACAGACAAAGAGGAAGAGUUGGAGUUCAGACACAGGAGGCGACAAGACAGACACACUCCAGAGCCAGAGUACAAAGAGGAGAGGAGAACCAGAGAACGCAGAGCUAACAGAGCUCCUCAGAGCAUAAAGAAGAUGGAGGCCCCUGGUGUUCGUGAUCAGAACAACAAUGAAAGGGGUUGGGAGUCAGAUCUGCCAGACAGCAUGAGGAUGGCUGCAAGAUCCAGACCUGCUACCAGCAAGGAUAUAGCCGAGUUUGCUACGGGACUAAUGAUUGGAGCAGUGGAAGAUCAGACAGCCUCUCAGAUGAGGAAAGAACAGUACAAGCAAGAGCUGCUGAAGCAAAUUGCUGAAAAGCAGAGAAACAAGCUCAGGGAGAAGGAACUUGAGCUGAGGGUUGCCACCACUGGAGCCACAGAUCCUGAGAAACAGCCUGACCGAUUUCAGCAGUUUGGGUCGAUGAAUCGGAGACGAGGUGUUUCACAAGAGGACACGGAACAAAGAGCCCCCCCAGGAAAGUCUCAUGUGGACCACAGUACAGCUCUCAGUCAGCUGGCAGAGAAGACAGCGCCUGGAUCCGGAACAAGAGCAGCACAAGGUGUCCCCUCGCUGGACUAUUUUGACGAGGACUACCACAGGAACUUCUCAAACAUGCUAGGAGAAGUGGCCAACCCAAGGGUUGCUGGUGUUCCUCCUCCUGUUCCUCCCGCUGUAACUAAUAACUACAAGACUCCAUAUGAUGCCGCUUACUACUACUAUGGGACCAGGAAUCCAUUAGAUCUUAAUCUUCCUUACAAUCCCAAUGGUCUGCCUGGAGGGAUGCAUCAGUCUGGGAACCACAGUCCUCCUCAAAGACCCCCUACUUUCAGACCCAAUGGCCACACUGAAAGAGGGCCCUCAAGGCAAAAUAACUGUGUGUCUGCCCCCUCGCUGUCGGCUCCGAGAGCAACUGAGCAGCACAGCGCGUCACCCCUGGAUGUCGGAGAGCUUUCUGCAGACCGGUCCAAGCAGAGGAUAUCGAAGGCACUAAGCCACCAGGAGGCACUCAGACAGCAGAUCAUAGAAAGAGAGGAGCGUAAAAGAAGAGAGAAAGAAGAGAAGGAGCGAUUUGAUGCUAAGAUAGAGGCCGAGAUGAUGGCGUACAACCCCUGGGGGAGAAGUGGAGGAGGUGCUUCAAUUAAAGACGAAAAAGGCAACCUUGUCAGUGACUUGAAACAAAUGCACAGGAACAACGAGGAGUCAUGUCGGAAUCCUGUGUCCAGGAAAAGUGGACAGACUCAAAGCUUUUUGAUGACUGAUGGAAACACUCCGGUAGAUGAAGGCAGGGCUGCCCUUUCCCAUCGACGAUCAGGUUUCAAAGACAAGCCAAGUCCACAGCAGCUCCACAUGCAGGACAGAUACAAAGAAGACCUGAAACAACAGAUAGAGGAAAACAAGCAAAAGCAGACAGAGGAGAAAGAACGAAUGAGGAUUGAGGAGGAGAAAGAAGAGAAGAGGCUGGCGGACCAAAGGGCUCGCAUACAGCAAGAUCAUGAAGAGGAGCUAAGAAAGCAAAUGAUGAUUAAUCAUAAGCUGAAAAAAGCAGAUUUGACCCAACAACCUAAAACACAACACCGGCAGGAGGAAAAGAGGGUGAGACAGGAAGAAGAGACUGAGAAGAAGGUACCUGGGAGCGCCAGGGACAGAGAGGAGAAAAAGGCGCAGUUGAGUUACGAGCAGAGAGAGCCAUCUCCUCCCAUCCCAACCUUGCAGAGGAAGCAGACAAAUCCUGUUGCAUCCAGACCGUCGUCUGUUGAGAGCCAACUCACCGAUAGGACUGAGCGCUCUGUGUCAGCGGCAGAUUACCGACCAGUCCCUGAGGAAAUCUCCCCGCUACAAGACGGUCAGCAGGAAGUGAUCAGAGAGCUGUCGGCCCUCCGUAAGUAUCUGAGAAAUGAGCAGAGACAACUGGAGGUCCAACUUGGCCAGACAGAUCUUCAGGAGAGUCCCGACACUCCCUCCAACAGACCCAGAGGACGACCCAGAGGGACCUUUGAAUCAAUGCACAAGCAAGUUGUCCAGCCAUCAACCAGGAGUCCUUUCUCUGGUGCUGCAGGUGUUAAUAUGCAACAUAUCAGGGAGUUCAACCAGCUUAAAUACAGAGACACAGCAUCUCGUGAGGAGGUCCGUCACAUGUACCCCGACCCUCCGACUGACGAACAAAGUCUGGACAUCCAACAGCAGGCACUUCUCCGUGAACAACGACGCAAAAUCAGGCUGAUGAAGAGAGAGGAGGAGCACGACGUUUUGGAACAGCAACUGAGCCACUGUCGUUCUAGGAACAAACCUGGACGCUACACCCAGAGAGACUCCAUAUUGCCAUCUGAGGCUGCUUUUAUUGGUGUUUACAGUGGCGAUGCACAUGAGGGGCAGGUUCAUCAACAGAGACACCGUCGGCCCUCAGCAGAGCGCCACGAGAGAACCACCUCAAGGAGGAGACGUGACUAUGAUGACGGGGCUGUGUCUAUAGAUCAGUCUUUGCAGUCAGUGACUAGUUUGCACCUUGAAUCCAAAUUCAGUGCUCACAACCAGCACCGCAUCAGGAGACAAAACACUGGCGAUCAUGACGGCAGAUCAGAGGGGCCGUCUGGUGAUGAAGUGGAUGUCUUGUCUCUACGUUCUGCCCUGGAGAGGCGUGUCUCAAUGGACACUGUUGCCACAGAGGCCUGGCUGCGGCCCGGCACGUCGGAUACUGUGGAACGCGCCGGCUGUUUGGAGAGACCAAACAGUGUUAUGGAUGCUCCGCCCUGGCUGACACACCGCGUCUCAUAGCUCCCAUUAGCUGGUCUCCAAACGAGUGAGGGGAGCUCCCCCUUUCCUUGGACGGCUCUCCCGAGAAUCAACUUUGUUGCUGUGUGAUGCUGGAAUCACUUUCUGCUGACCAACAUGUUAUUUGUGGGUGUUUGUUACAUUACACAUUAAUGUCAGUUAGACAAGAACCAUCUUACAUAAGACACCAACAAAGUGCACUUUUUAACCUGCAACAGAUUUAGUCCAUGAGAGUUUUGGAAGGUAAAUGUCUGUGAAUACACCAUAAACAUGUGUUAAUGUAGUUAUUUUUGUUAGACAUAUGAUGGUUUAUUUUAUAAUAAAAUGUUAUAUUAAUGUGGC